UGCCAGACCCCUGGACAGCAGAGGCAGAGAGGGCUGGCCACCAUGCACAGCUCCCGCAGUCUCCUGGCGCUGCUGCUGCCGCCGCUGCUCUUGCUGGGGGCCACCCCGGGGCCCGCCGGAGCCCUCAGUGAUGAGGAGAGACGCACCAUGGUGGACCUGCACAACCUCUACCGGGCCCAGGCGUCCCCACCCGCCGCCAACAUGCUGCAAAUGCGGUGGGACGCGGAGCUGGCCGCCUUCGCCAAGGCCUACGCUCAGCAGUGCGUGUGGGGCCACAACAAGGAGCGCGGGCGGCGCGGCGAGAACCUGUUCGCCAUCACGGACGAGGGCAUGGACGUGCCGCUGGCGGUGGAGCAGUGGCACGUGGAGCGCGAGCACUACAACUUCAGCGCUGCCACCUGCGAGCCGGGCCAGAUGUGCGGCCACUACACGCAGGUGGUCUGGGCCAAGACAGACAGGAUUGGCUGUGGCUCCCACUUCUGUGAGAAGCUCCAGGGCGUUGAGGAGACCAAUGUCCAUUUACUGGUUUGCAACUAUGAGCCCCCGGGGAACGUGAGGGGGAGGAGGCCCUUCGAGGAGGGGACUCCGUGUUCCCAAUGUCCCUCCGGGUACCGCUGCGAGAAUUCCCUCUGUGCAGAACCCAUGAGCUGCCCAGAGGAGGACCAGGAGGUGCCUCACCUGGAAGAUGGAGAGGCCCCACCUUCCCUGGCAACUGAAGCCUCAGGCUCGAGGAAAGGGGGGAUCUCCUCUUCCCUAGCAACAGAAACUCCAUCCUUCUUGGUAACAGAGGUCACAGGCUCCCUGGCAACCAAGGCUCUACCUACUGUAGAGACCAAGGCCCUACCUACUGUAGAGACCAAGGCCCCAUCUUCCUUAGCAACGGAAGGCCCAUCCUCCAUGACAACUGAGGCUGCACCGUCCUCCACAACUGAGUUCCCUUCAUUUUUGGAAACUCACAGCCCGCUCUCCUUGGAUGAGGGAACAGCUACCUCCCCCAAAGCGACCCAUGAUCCCAUCUCAAAAGGGGUGGACCCAGAGGCCAGCAAGACAAGCACGCCCUCCAAGAGCCCAGAGAAUUCUCUGCACCUCCAGGUGUCCCCGACAGGGACACAAGGGCUGCCACCCCACUCCCAGGAGGAGGGCAAGGCUGAGGCCAAGUUGCCUUCGCCCAGUGAGGUCUUGGCCUCAGUUUUUCCAGCCCAGGAGGAGCCAGAUGAGCGGCAGGCCACGCGGGAACACGGGGGGCACAUCUCCAAGUCCCUGCCCAACUUUCCCAAUACAUCUGCCACCGCUAAUGCCCCGGGAGGGCGAACCCUGGCCCUGCGGUCGUCCUUGCCAGGUGCAGAGGACCCUGAAGGGCCUGAAGUCCAUUCAGGGCUGAACUCGGGCCCUGGUCACAUCUGGGGCCCUCUUCUGGCUCUGCUGCUACUGCCUCCCCUGGUGUUGGCUGGAAUCUUCUGAGAGGUCACUACUCAAAGGCGAGGCCUGGUGAGGGGACCUGGCCUCAUGCCCACUCUGGAUCCUCCUUCUCCAAGUGAGAGGCCACAUCUUCCCAGGCAGGUCCUGCUCUGUGGCCCAGCAGCCACCUCCAACCCAGCUUCUGGCACUGUCCCAGGAGUGCCCCUGCCCCGGGGUGGCCCGCCCCUCAGCUAUGCAGACUGAGCAGUGUUCCCGUGGCCGGGGCCAUGAACUUCUAGGGACAGAAGAUCUCGGGGCUCUCCAGGAACCCCUUGGCCCCUCCCAGACCCCUGGCCUCUUCCUGGAGACGUCUGAGUCCCAGGCUAUUCCCAGGUGUGCCUCCUGCCUUCCCAGGCUGAGGAGGUCAGCUGCCCUUCUGCCAUCUACCCCACCCUGUCCCCAGCCCCCCAAAUAGAAUGCUUCUUGGCUGAAGGCCCUCUGGAAGGGAAGGCUGCAGGGCAUGUGCCUCACCCCGACAUCUUGCCUGGCUGCCAGUGAGCUCAGGUUGCCGCCCGAUGACUGCAUAUCUGACCUGGACCCCUCCGGUGUCAGUCCAGGGGUGAGGGGGGAUUCUGGGGAGAUCCCCGCCUGCCUGGUCUGGGUUGACUGUCUCUGCCAGGAAGGCAUUCUCCCAGAGAGCCUUCCUCUCCCUACUUGCUGUGUAGCUGGCGGGGGUGGGGUGGGUGUGAGGGGCAGAUGGACGAGCCCCACCUGGUGGGGUGUUAUGGGUGGGGCAGGCAGAGACCAGGAGAGGGAAGCAGCCCCUGACUCCUAAUAAAAGCCUGUGUAAGAGUA